GGGCAAGUAGAAAAUUGUUAAUCAAACUUGUCAAGUACCUAGAAAUUAGAAUCCAGUCAUAUAUUUGGUACCACACAUAUAUAGGGUCAGCAUUGGUGGCAGGUGCAUGAGUCAACCUGGUAUUUUAUUUGUUUUGGUUUUAAGAUGGUGAAACGAGUGUUGUGGUUGUGUUAGUGUUCAGAUGGAGAGAAUAAGCAGUGGGGGUUCUUCCAUCAGAAGGCGUUCAUUGAGCAUAUCAAGUCACAUAAGCCAUCAUACAGACAAUGAUGAUGCUGAGUGUGAGAGUGUUUCAGAGGCUGGAGACAUCGGAGAUCGUGUUACUAUUCGAAGCAAGAGGAUCAGUGAGAGCAGCAGCAGCUUCCGCUUGUCUUUUGACAACAGGUCAGAAAAUGAAGCUGUUGUUUCCAUUCCAGAGGAACACAGAUUGCAUCCCAACUCUGUUAGGCCUUUGCCUCCUGCUGCACGCACAUCUACCUCCCCUCUUUCAACUGAUGCAAUAGUUGGUUCUCAAGACACAAAACAUGAUCCUCAUAAAUGUUUACCAGUGUUGCUGGACUAUGCUUCAUUUAUGGUUCCUUUAGCAGUUUUUGGAAUUCUUGGGGUCUUUUCAAGAUACUUACUGCAAAAGUUAUUUGGCCCUGGGGUUGCUCAUGUGACAAGCGACCAAUCUAUUCUUUAUGUUGAUCUUCCUUCUAAUAUGAUUGGUUCAUUUCUUAUGGGAUGGUUUGGUGUGGUAUUCAAAGGAGACAUAAUUAAUGUCUCAGAGCAUCUAGCAGUAGCAAUAACAACAGGUUACUUGGGAAGCCUCACAACCUUCAGCGGUUGGAAUCAAAAAAUGCUAGAACUCAGUGUUUCCGGGCAUUGGCUCUUCGCUGCACUUGGCUUUCUAGUAGGUAUAUUUCUCGUUGGCUAUUCCAUCAUAUUUGGGAUAGAAACUGCCAAGGGUUUCAGGUGGCUUCUCCACAGGCUGAAUAUUAGUUCAGGCAAAGAAGGCUCUAAGAUCAACUGCAACGUAUACAGCUACCGCUGUCAGUUGAUAGUUAUGGCGAUAUCCGUGGUUGCAUUGGGCAUAUUAUGGGGUGUCAGUGGUGUAUUAGUUAAGGCUGAGUUCAAGAAUGGUGGCAAUGCUGCUCAGUUAUGGUUUGCUUGCAUGGUUGGACCUAUAGGUGUGUGGAUUAGAUGGUUCUUAGCCCGGCUCAACGGACGCGGAUUGGGAAAGGCAGGGCUGGUUAAAUGGAUUCCGUUUGGAACUUUAAUUGCCAAUGUAUCAGCUGCUUGUAUUAUGGCUGCACUUUCCAGUGUGAAGAAUGCAGUGAACACCAGGGAUUGUGAUACUGUUGUAGCAGGAAUACAAUUUGGUCUAAUGGGGUGUUUGAGUACGGUCUCUACAUUCGCUGCAGAGUUUAAUGCGAUGAGAGAAAGCAGUCGUCCUAUGAGAGCUUAUGCAUAUGCUGCCAUUACAGUUCUUGUGUCAUUCGCUUUAGGAAUCUUGAUAUACUGUAUUCCCGUUUGGACAAAGGGGUUUGACAUUGACACAUAGCAAUUGAGUAAGGCAAUCAUGUUUUGGUUGAAACAUUGCAGCUUCACGACAACCUCCCUCCUGAUUUUAAAGAUAACGAAUUGUUUUUGCAGAGAAUGAGUUGGCAGUUCAGAGAAGCACGGUAAUGUAUCUACUACUUCUAAUAGUGAGAUCUGUCAAUAUUAGGAUUGAGUGUAAAGAGAGGUUUUGAGCUGAAACACCACUUCUUAUUAAUAUAGAUACCAUGUGUUGAUGUAGAAACAUGAACAAAGGAAGUUUGAGAACUUUUAAAUCCUGAAAGAAAUUCAUAUUUAACUUAAUUUUUCACAAAAGUUAUGGUAUUGAUAGGAGUGAAUACAGCUUAAUGGAAAGUGCUUAGGAACUUCUUAAAAAUGUUACUAGUAUAUACACUUUCCUUAUUUCUUUCGAUUA